GUCCGCAAUUCUCGUAUGAAAAAAGAUAAAACAAGCCAUGCGCACAGUUAAAAAUUAUUUGCAACAUCAUCUGCGCAUGAUCAGCUGCAGCUUCCACUUCCGAUGUCAGAUGAAUCACCCAAUCUUCAUCAUGAACUGAACAGAGUGGGGGAUGUGUUUUGCUCUCCGAAAUGAAUACGAACGCAGUCUUUUACGUCACAGUUAAACACGACCCAAAUAAAAAAACAUAACAAUAUGACAGCCUCCAUGUAAUCAUCUCAUUUCAAUACAAGUUCAGAAGAAAACAAAACAUUAUCAUAAAUUAGAUUAGUUAGAUUUAGAACAGUUCAUAGAUCUUGUAUAAUAAUAAUGAAGAAGGUUUUCAAAUUUAAAUUUCAACAUUGUUAUUGGAGUUAAUAUUAUUUUCUGUCAAUCAGUUAAUAAAUCAAUUUAUUCAAACAAGUUAAAAAAAUUUUCAUUUAAUUUUGAAAUUAGUUUGUUUUCACUCUACUUUAAAACUUUAAUUUUAAAGUUAAUUAACUUACUCAACAUGAGUAGUAUUUAUAUUCAAGAACCACCGACAAGUGGCAAGGUUUUGUUAAUAACAACUGUUGGAGAUAUUGAAAUUGAAUUAUGGACCAAGGAGACGCCGAAAACUUGCAGAAAUUUCAUAAAACUGUGCUACGAUGGGUAUUAUAAUGGUACAAUUUUUCAUCGAGUUGUAAAACGAUUUAUUGUUCAGGGUGGUGAUCCUACUGGUACUGGUGAAGGAGGUGAGAGUGCAGAUGGUCAUUCUGUCAAAGAUGAAUUUCAUUCAAGAUUACGGUUUUGUCGCCGAGGUUUGGUGGCAAUGGCAAAUGCUGGCAAAGAUACCAAUACUUCGCAAUUUUUCAUAACACUUGGCGCAACUCCUGAAUUACAAAAUAAACAUACAAUAUUCGGAAAAAUUGUUGGUGAUACAAUUUACAAUGUUUUGAAACUUGAAGAGGCUGAAAUUGAUCAUGAUGAAAGACCAGUUUAUCCACAAAAAAUUUUAAAAACUAAAGUUCUGUUGAAUCCAUUCGAUGAUUUGGUGCCAACUAUCGUCUCAAAAAAAGAAGAUAAAGUCGAGAAAGUACAUAAAAAGAAACCAACCGGAGUCAAAAAUUUAAAGCUUCUGUCAUUUGGCGAAGAAGCAGAAGAAGAUGAAGAAACACUUGAUACACUCAACAAACAGUUGAGUGGUAAAAGUAAAUCCGCUCAUGACCAUUUGCAAGAUCCAAAACUAAGUUCCUACACAGAUACAGAACUUAUAGAAGUUUUAAAUAACAAAAGUAAUUCAUCAGAUAGUGAUAAUGAAAAAAACAAUGAUAAAGAAAAAUUAGAGGAUCCAGAUGAAAUAAAAAAAAAAGAAGACAUAAAAAAAAGAGUCAUCGAUAAAUUAAAAAAUGAAAAAUCCCACAGUAAAAAAAGUAAAUUAAAAAAUAGCGAAGACAAUAAGGGUAAUAGAGAAGAUUCUGGUGAUGAGGUUUUUUUUACGAGUCGGGAACGAAAGCAUCAAGAAAAACUUGGUGCAAUAAAAAAAGAAAUUAAAAAUCUAAAAAAAAGCAUACGAAAAGGAGAUAAGAUAGAUCAAGUUGAGGAAUCAUCAAAAAAGGAAACAGCUAAAACAGAAGUAAUGAACGAUUAUAUGGCAAUUCAAGAACAAUAUAAAAAAGGAAAAAAAAGUUCACAGUCCGGUGAUUCUCGAGAAAACUUGACAUUACAAUUAUUAAACAGUUUUAAAAAAAAACUAAGACAUGCUAAAGAACAUACAGUCAAUGAAAGUACUAAUGAACCAAAGGAUGGUGAUGAUGAUAAUGAUGAUAAUGACGAAAAAACUUGGAUGAUACAUUCCUUGCAAUGUGAAAGUCAAGGAACUGUUUUAGCUAAAGAUGCUAGUACUAAAUCUGAUGAUUGGUUUGAGAUUUAUGAUCCAAGAAAUCCAAUAAAUAAAAGAAGGCGAGGGGAAAACUCUGAUCAAAAUAAGAAGAAAAAAUACUGAUGCAAAUAGAACUUUUAUUAUAAAAGUUAUCAAAUAUUACAAUAUCUUAAUCUAUUACAUACAUUAUUUUUUCUAAAAAUAAAAUACCAAAAAAAUAUGUCU